AUGUUUUCGGUUAGGGGUGGUUUUUUGGCAUACACUCUCAAUUGUUCGGUCACCUCCUAUAAUGUCUCUUACACAUGGAUCAACGGCACGAUCAAGUCGUUCGACUAUACUGCCACGCGGAACGGCAGCAUCACCGAGCUGUCUCAUGGCAUGCAAGCGGUCGGCAUCCCCAGCCUGUCUCAAGCUCAAAGUGUCGCUAGCCUGUCAUCCACCGCGGCUGGCCUUGCUCGGAGCUUCGCAAACUCGCAUUCUGCGGACUCGUUGACUUUAAUUGGCAGCGUGAUGUCCCCGAGGACGAACAUGGCCGAAGCUACACGCAAGGAUAUGCUCAUCACGAAGAUGAGCACGGCUGCCUUUGGGUUUCUUGUUGGCAGUAACUUGCUGUACGUCGUAUUUGGCUUGGUGCUGCUCGUCCGUGCAUGGCGGCACAAUUCUCCCGUUGCAAGGGAUAUGGUGGCGCGGUUGAGCGUCGAGGGUAUCUCAGCCAUGGCAUUCGAGGAUACCAUUGAGAAGAGAGUCCGCAGAGUAGACGAUGCCAAGGAUAUGUUUGAAGAGAGUCGCAUUGGCGAUUCCAGCAGGAAGGUCGGAUUGAAAGCGUUCCCCGGUGGUGGACAUGUUAUGUUUAUCGACCAACCUCGACUUUGA